AUGGCCGACAGCUUCAACGGGGUCAUUGUCGAAGAGACCCCGGCCACCCAGCAGACUGGCGACGUCGAGAUGACCGAGGAAGGCGAUGCGCCUGCCACUGCCACCGAAACUCCUGCCGCUGCCGGCAGCACCGAGAAUGCCGAUUUGCCUUUUGCUGAGGGCGAUCCCGACGACACCCCGGCGCCGCGCAUUACCUUUUUGCAGUAUCUGAGUAGCCCCGUCGUCACUCUGUUGAUCGGUAGCAACGAUGAAGAGACCAUCCUGACGGCUCAUCAGGGGCUGUUGACCCAGAGCCCAUACUUUGCCGAUCGCAUCGCCGAGUUUGCCGAUGAUGGCAGCCCCCGCCAGAUUGAGCUUCCCAACGAAGACCUCGACGCCAUGGGCUGCUUCCUCGAGUUCCUCUACACGGGCGACUACUUCCCCAAGAAGAUCGCCGGCCAGCGCAGCCUGGAGAAGGACGCCUCGAUCCCCGACGUGGACUACACCGGAGAGCAGCUCCUCAAGCACGCCAAGGUUUACACUCUGGCCGAGAAGUUUGGCCUCAACAACCUCAAGAACUUGGCGUCGAGCAAGAUCCACUGCGUCAACUCCACCGCCAAGGGCGAGAUCGCCUACGCGCGGUACGUCUACGAGUUCACGGCCAAGGACGACACGAGCAUCCGCGCUCCUGUUGCCAACUUUUGGGCCACGAGAUCGCACACGCUGCGCGCCGAGGCCGAGGAUGAGUUCAGGAACUUGUGCUUGGAGUUUCCUCGGUUUGGUUACGAUGUUCUUAGUAAGUUUUUGGUCGAGAUGGUAUGGAGGGAAAGAGAUGGUAUGGAGGGAAAGAGAUGGUAUGGAGGGAAAGAGAUGGUAUGGAGGGAAAGAGAUGGUAUGGAGGGAAAUGCUAACCAUGACAUUUCAGCCCGCGUCUUGGACGAGAAGCUCAAGCGGGAGCGCAACGAGAAGAUGCACCCCGCUGCCGGGAGCGGGAGGAAGAGACCUCGUCACAGCAGCGCCACCAAUGCUUAA